UCGACGCAGCCGCCUCAAUCCCCAAACCGUUGGAAGAUGCCGCCGAAGGCCGCGAGGCGGCGCAGGAGGGGGGAUCAGGACACGGACACGGAAGCCAGGAAGAAGAAGAAGAAGACCAAGAUAAGCCUAGCAGAGGAUCGAAGAUUGAUGUUCGCGGCCUUCGAGAGUGAAAAAACCCAACCCCAACCAAAAUUAGAUCGUGCGUACGACGACGACGCGGCCGAGUCCUCGUCGGAGGAAUCCGCCUAUCCACCCAGCCCUCUGCUCCACAGGCCCUAUAUCCCCGACGAACUAGCUGACAGGCCGGACAUACGUGCCGCCUUCAAGCACGCCGAAGCCGAAUACCGAGCAGAUAAAUCUUGUCGGUUUGUCUUCAUCCUGAAUCGCCACUCUUCUCUUUCGUGCCUGUCCAAGGACCGAAGCCUUCUUCAUAUCCGUGAGCCUGCAAAGGAUGCCGUGCUUCUUGCCGCCGACUCUAUCGUCAGCCUCUCGUCCUAUCUCGAUGAUGAGCCGUUGAAUAGGUGUUCUGGCUUGUGGAUUCAACGGGAUGACAGGAAGAAUACAGCCGUGGUUUUGACGUCCGCGCAUCUCAUUCGCGUAAAGGAAUACGACGAGUGGAAUAAUGAGUGGACGGGUGAAUAUCAUCGCGAGGCCGAGGUCAUUGUUCACUUGCUGGACGACACAACUGCAGUCGCCAGUCUCCUCUACCUGCAGGAGCACUACGAAUUUGCUCUUUAUGAGGUUCUGGUGGACAAACCGGUUCAACUAUCCACUUUUAAUGACAAUGUGCACUCUGGUCAAGACGUUUUCCGACUUGGAAGAGAUGGAAGUCUUGAUCUAAGGAUAACCCAUGGUAGGGUGGAAUACAAAGUUCCAAUCCGUCAUGAGAGAUGUCACUACAUGUAUUUUUCUAAUGAUGAACAUCAUUUCCGUGACGAUGGAGGCCCUGUCAUUGACUUAGAAGGCAAGGUUGUGGGAAUGGUUAACAAUCAAAUCAAUGAGACCUUUUUACCUUCUUCUAUAUUGCACAAGUGCUUGGAUUCGUGGAGAAAGUUGAAGUGCAUCCCUCGUGCCCACCUUGGAAUUACAUUUGCUUCCAUCAAGCUUCUAGAUCCUAUCUGUAUUGAGAGGAUGAGGCGUAAGCAUAACAUUGCAUCUGGUCUUAUUGUUGAACAGGUGUCAAAACAAUCGAAUGCUGAGAAACUUGGAAUCCGCAAGGAUGAUAUUAUUGAACGUUUCAAUGGAGAGUAUAUUUCUAAUACAAUUGAGUUGGAAAAGAUGUUGUUGGAUAUAGGCAGGGACCAAUUUGUUCAAGCAAAAGUCUUAAAUGCCGAAACAGAUGUUCGGAUUCAAAUAUUCCGUGCCACGAAACUUCGCCGAAGAGUUAGAAACUUGACUGUAAUUGUAUCGGAUUGUGGAGAGAAUAUCAUAGAAGGCACUUACCCUAUCACCGAUGGCCUUUGAUGGCCUUUGGAGAUGAGUGAAUUAACACAUACAUUUCGAUAAAGUGGUUCUUUCAUGGAGCCAAUGGAGUUAACUCAAUGUGAAUUAUAGACAUAAGUUUCAUAGAUUAUGUAUCCUCAGUCAAAAACUUAAGAUUAUGGUUUAUUUGUAAAUGUAAUUCAUGGAACGUGGAAGCAACAUGACUAGAGUA